AUGCCACCGGUGGCGCCCACAGAACCGCAAACCAUGGACAACAUAGACCACACAUCCAAGCUGGCCGACUUCCUGGCACAACUAAGUCAUGAUCAACUGCCACAAGAAGUCAUUGAGCAGGCGAAGCGCUCCAUUCUGAACGCCAUCGGAUGUGGUUUGGGCUCAUGCCGCGCUUCGCCUGCAACCAAAGCGAUCAAGGCACUGCUGUCCCGUAGUAGCCGAACAAACGACGGAUGCACAAUCAUAGGCCAUCGUGAACCAGCAGGUUUCGACACCGCGGUCCUAGUCAACGGCAUCUCCAUCACGACUGCGGACUACGAUGACACGCAUCUGCGCACCGUGAUCCAUCCUUCAGGAACACCGCUUGCCGCCCUGCUGUCGUGGGCGGAAAUGCACCCGAUGUCCGGCAAAGAUUUUAUCCUGGCAUUCGUCGCCGGGGUGGAAACGCAGUGCGCCGUGGGCAAUGCCCUAGGGCCCAGCCACUACAAAGACGGAUGGCACAUCACAGGCACGACUGGACAUUUUGCUGCGGCGGCUGCCAUUGCAAAAGCAAUGAGGCUUGACUCGGCUCAAUUCACUGCCGCUCUAGGCCACGCAUCGACUAUGGCAGGAGGUCUUCGCGCAAUGUUCGGCGUGGACACCAAGACGCUGCACAUGGGUCGAGGGGCGCAGGACGGAAUCCUCGCGGCGCGAUUAGCCGCGCAAGGCUUCGGGAGCUGCACGAGGCCGAUCGAGGCGUGGCUCAAGCUUGUUUCGACGACGGUGGACGAGACCCAACUGUCGGCUCUCGCCGAGAGUAGAUCGUGGCAGAUUCUCGAGAACACGUUCAAGCCGUACCCAUGUGGCAUUGUGAUCCAUCCGCUCAUCGACGGUUGUCUCGAAGCACAUCGGUACUUCGCUGAAGGCGCCGAGGGCGAAGCCCCUUUCCACUCCAGACUGGUGUCGAUAGACGUGGUGGUCAACCCGCAGUGUGUGCGGUUGUGUUCAGUCAGACAUCCCCAGACCCAGCUCCAGACCAUCUUCUCCUUGUACCACGGCUGUGCCGUAGGCUUGGUUCACGGAGCGGCUGGGCCAGCCGAGUUCUCCGACGAAGUUGCCGCGCAAGACGCAACGGUCAGAGCAGUGAGGGAUAAAAUCAACGUGACGACGGAUGACAAAGUGCGGGACGACGAAGCUUACUUGACGUUCAAGUACGAACAGGCCAGGAAUGGAGGUGGUGAACGUGCAGACCUUGCAGAAAAGUCGUUCCACGUCGAGCACGCGACCGGGUCCGUCGCGCGGCCCAUGACUAUCGAACAACUCGAGAGGAAGUUUUCUGAUCAGGCUAUUCCCGUGAUAGGCGCGCAAAAGACCAAAGCGGCCAUCGAAGCGUGCUGGAGCCUCGAGGAUACAGAGGACGUAGCGCAACUGGUGAAACUGCUCGUACCUUGA